AUGCCAACCAUGGGCGACACAAUGCGAUAUGACUUCUAUCACUUCUACGAUGGCAGCAAUAAACAGAUGUUUAACCGAUACUGCCUCCCUUACCUAUUCAAUCUCCAAGUGGACGUUUCGAUCCUGGACUCUGCGAAAUGGAAAAGACUGUACGAUGUGACAAACCUGAUCCAACGAAGCAAACAAGUCUUCUACGAUAGGUCAAACGAAGAAAGAAUCUACUUCACUGAAGGCGACUAUCAACAUGUUUUCGACUUCUGGAAAGAAGUUGUUGCCGGAGAACCACUGCUUACUUGGCUGGCGAAAACUGCUGCGAUCAAUGAGGUUCUGCUGUGUCUUGAAAUACCACAAAAGUAUGGACCAAUGGUACUUACAAAGUUCAAACAACAGUUCAACGCACGACGACGAGUAUUCAAUGACCUUCGCACCUUCCGGACAUUCGAAACCGAAGCAACUGAAGCAAUUUCCUCACUGGAUCAGUUUCUGAAAGAGUUAGCCCAGUUGUCGGAAAACUUACACCCGUCGCAAAGCUCAACCCAUGAUUUACACUCAGUCCUGAGCAACGCGCAAUCAACGAUGACCAACGCUGACCCGCCCUCUGAUCCAUCAACAAUUACAACUGCUUCCUUAUCACCAAAGAAUGCCGAGAGGAUUUCAACUGAACUGUCAACAGAAGAAACACCAACAACAAGUGCCACCCAGAUACCACCAGACCAGCCGAUAUUACAAGCAACCCUAGAUAACCCAUUCGAUUUCGAUUUGAACGACUGGCUCAAGAAACAAGAAAGCAACCCGCCUUUAUACUCGACCAAUUCAGCCGACCUAGACUCUCUAUUCAGCAGCAGCACGCCGUACGAUCAGUCUCCAUCCAGCAAUACAGUCCUUGGAGCGUCAGUGGAUGACACGAUUGAUUUGAUCCGCAAUGGAUAA